AUGGAAACAUCCCCGUGUAGCCCAGAAGACCUCACAGCGAUCGAUACUGUCUUCUGGAAAGAGACACUUGGCAGGGACUUGCGGAUUCUUCUGGAUGGCGCUGAGUAUGAUAAGUCUACGCAGCAGGCGGCUCUUGCGACAAUGAGCCGCUAUGUGGCCCCUUGCUUAGGGCCGCGUCCUUUGAUGGGAGAGACUGGCAGGGUCCAGCUUCGUCCAAUGCGAUGGAGAAGUUUCAUGACGGACGACUUUUCUCCGAUAGAAUACAGUUGGAGCUGGGAGAACCUCACUCCCACCAUCCGCUAUAGCUUCGAGCCAAUUGGGAGGCUCGCAGGCACCUCACAGGACCCUUACAAUCGGACAGCACCGUUGGGAUGCGUGCAGCAGCUACGGGGAAUCCUUCCCGCCGCCGAUUGGCGUUGGUUCGAUCACUUUACCCAAGCCUUUCGGGGACCGACGCCUCUGCCGCGCAAGGGGUCACCCUCCCACUCCAGCCCCUCGACAAUUUUCCUGGCCUUCAACCUGGAGAAGCACGGGCACAGAUGUAAAUCCUACCAUGUCCCACAUUCGACAUCGGAUCAGUUGGGCAGCUCACGGCUUGACGUUCUGCAUCAGGCUUGCCAAGCCCUACAACAGCAACAUGGGCUUCCAGCCUACGACUGUAUCGAGCAAUUCCUGCGACGGCAGGGGCAGUCGUCCACCCCACCCAUCAUAAUCGGGGUGGCGGUUGACUGCGUGCAUCCAUCUCUUGCCAAUCUUAAAGUGUACUUUCGAUCCCGUGCGACCAGUUUUGACAGCGUUCAGGAAACUCUCUUAAUGGCAGGCGCAUCGCCAAGCUGGGAUACCCGUGCCCUGGAGGAGCUUCGAGAAUUGUGGCUUCUCACGUUAGGGCUGCCAUCCAAUUUCCCCAAUCAUCAGCAACUGCCAUCUAAGGACCAUGAGACAUCAGGCGUGCUGUACAAUUUUGGAUUCAAGCAAGGUCAACGGUAUCCUGACACCAAGGUGUACAUUCCGGUGCGGCACUACGCGCGCAGUGACCGAGCAAUUGUUCAGGGUCUGGUCGAGUUCUUGGCGCGUCGUGGGCGAGCCCAGCAAGCCGAACGCUUCGCGCAAACCCUCGAACAGCUAGUCGAAUCCUUCCGUUCCCUUGAUGAGGCGUGCGGACUGCAAACAUACAUCGCUUGUGGGAAUAAGGACGGGCGGCUUAGUCUGACCUCCUAUCUGUCUGCAGAGAUAUACUACCCCGGACGGUGGUCUAGACAGCCGUGAUAUGGAGAUUGCGGAUGUUAUUUGCCAGCAAGAUCUCUCCGCAGGAAACAUCUAUUGCUUGUUGGGUGCACAAUGCUUUGUAUAAGUUAUGAUUCGCUUGUCGACUCGAGAAUGAAAGAUCCUCACUAGCUAGCAAGA